AUGGGAAGGCUCGUCACAUUCUCUACAUCUAGUUUGAAUAACUGGGCACUUGAGGGCAACGCAAACCGCAUACGCGAAGCCGUCAAGCUUGCCAAAGCAGAUGGUGCUCGAUACGUCACCACGCCGGAAUUGUCGAUUCCUGGCUACGGGUGUCUCGACCACUUUCUUGAACAAGACACAGUCACACACAGCUGGCAAAUGCUGGCAUCUUUGCUCGUGGAUCGCGAACUCGAUGGCAUAUGCUACGACGUCGGCAUGCCAGUUCGGCACUCCGGGAGCCUUUUCAACGCGAGAAUCGUUGUGCUUGACGGCAAGAUAUUAUUGAUUAGACCCAAGAUGAGCCUCGCGAUGGCCGGGAAUUAUCGAGAAGGUCGAUACUUCAUUCCCUGGUCUCCACCCCAACGCGUCGAGCAGUAUGAACUGCAUGAGCUUCCUGCUGCUGCACGCUCUCUGCAAGAUUCAGCUUUCGUUCCGAUCGGAGACGCCAUCGUGUCUGCCGUCGAUUGCUCAAUAGGCUACGAAACCUGCGAAGAGCUAUUCACACCUCGGGCGCCACACAUCGAUUUGAGCUUAGCUGGCGUAGACAUCAUCAUCAAUUCAUCAGGGUCUCACCAUGAGCUUCGUAAACUAGAUCUGCGUCUCGACUUGAUUCGCAAUGCCACUUCGAAAGCAGGUGGAGCGUACUUGGUGCUGGUCAAUGGCACCGUCCGCGCGCAGGCACCUCAAUUCUCCUUGAAUGACAUCGAAGUUAUCACGGCUACGAUCGACCUGGAAGAGAUCUGGUCAUACAGGACGAAUCCAUCGAGGGGCCUACAAGCUGCGUCAGCCCCUCGCUAUGAGCGCUUUAGGGCGGAUAUUCGUCUAGCUUCGGAUGUACACUUCGAUCCCUCCAUCUUUCCAACGCCGGUCCAAACCAUUCAUUACCAUCGACCAGAAGAAGAGAUAGCCCUCGGACCUGCAUGCUGGCUUUGGGACUACCUCCGUCGAUCCGGUCAGGCUGGCUUCAUGCUGCCCCUCAGCGGAGGGAUCGAUAGCUGCGCCACCGCAACUCUGGUAUUCUCCAUGUGCCGCCUCGUGUACAAGGCUGUACAGGACGGUAACAAGCAAGUUCUCGAGGAUGUCCGCCGCAUCGUAGGCCCUUAUCACGGCGAAGACUGGGUACCUACAAGCCCAAAGCAAAUAUGCAACGGCAUUCUUCAUACCGUAUACAUGGGUAUGUCUCAGCAAUCAAGCAAAGAGACCAGGAGACGUGCCAAGAGGUUAGCGGAAGACAUUGGAUGCCACCAUGUCGAAGCCGAUAUCGACGACAUGUAUGCGGCUACGAAGAACGGUUUGACGAAGGCGACUGGCUUCACGCCGCGAUUCAAGGCUCAUGGAGGCUCGCCUGCUGAGAAUCUGGCAUUACAGAAUAUACAAGCGAGAGCAAGGCUCGUGCAAGCCUACUACUUUGCUCAGAUGCUCCCUUUGACUAGGGGUCGACCCAAUGGAGGUAGCCUUCUCGUACUUGCCUCUGGAAACGUCGACGAGUGUCUGCGCGGAUACCUCACCAAGUACGACUGCAGCAGCGCAGACCUCAACCCCAUUGGCAGCGUCUCGAAGGUAGACCUCAAGAGAUUUAUAGCUUACGCUGAGAGUGAGUUCGAGCUUUCCAUCCUCGGCGAGUUCCUCGACGCAACACCGACUGCCGAACUGGAACCAAUUACCGAGGACUAUGUCCAGAGCGACGAGGUCGAUAUGGGCAUGACAUACGCAGAACUUGGAGUCUUUGGCAAAUGCCGCAAAGAGCUUAAACUUGGUCCAUACGGAACCUGGGUUCGCCUAGCACACGAAUGGUCCGACAAGUAUACUCCCACCGAGGUCGCAGUCAAGGUGAAACAGUUCUUCCACUACUAUGCCAUCAACCGCCACAAGAUGACGACAAUGACGCCUUCCUACCAUGCGGAGGCAUAUUCGCCAGAUGAUAACCGAUUCGACUUGAGGCCUUUCCUGUACCCGCCUUUCUACCAAAACUGGAGCUUCAAGUGCAUUGAUGAGGAGGUGGCGAAGUGGGAGAAGAAGAAGCUGGAAAAGGAGAAGCUGGAGAAGGCUUGA